AUGCAUCUGAUGAGCGAUACGAUGGACACCAACACCAACACCGCGGCCUCCAAGUCGUUGUCCUCGUCGUCGCUGUCGUCGUUGGCCGAGCCGUCGACCGCCGCCGCAGUCGUGGCCAACAACGCGGAGACAGUGUAUGAGUUGGGCCGACAGCUGGACUCACCCACGCAUGUGGUGUCGGAAAGGGUGCAGACAUUGGCCGCACAGAUAUACACAGAAUUGCAGCGAAUCAUCAAUCGGUGCAAUGAGGACGAAGAGGUGGUGUCGGGUCUGAUGCCACUCGUGGUGAAUGUGUUGGAAACGCUGGAUAUGGCGCUCAUUGAGAACCAACAGUUUCAGGUGGAACUGGAACUCUGUAAGGAUGAUAACGAACAGUUGGUCACCGCUUUCGAGAAGGAGAAGUUGUCGAAGAAGAAAGUGGAACAAAGACUCUUCGAGUUCGAGUUCACCACCGAUGAGGAGAAGCAACACUACCAGCAAAAGAUCGACUCAUUGGCUAAUAUCUUCGAGUUCACCACCGAUGAGGAGAAGCAACACUACCAGCAAAAGAUCGACUCAUUGGCUAAUAUCGUCAAAAUGCUUGAACUCAAGGCCAAGAACUCGGCCGACCAUUCGUUUCGUUUGGAAGAGAAGGAAACAGAGAUGAAGAAGGAGUACAACAAACUCCACGAUCGAUACAACGAAGUGCUCCGAAGUCACUGCGAACUCAUGGAAAGGGUUAAGAUAUUGAUCGGAACCGAUGAGGGCAUUUUAAAAUCGCAAUUAAAUAAACGAAACGAUUUGGAGGGCAGCGGAGAAGAGAGCAAUUAUAGCGAACAUAUGAGACGCGACUCCAGUAGUCCCACUCCACGGCAGGCCUGGGCUGACACAGAGAUGUCACUCGACGACAAUCCGCCGUCGAUUAUAGAAGACAUGGACGAUAUGCGCGAUCGGGACAAAGACCGCGACUAUCAGAGUUUGACUGGACAAUACGUUCACCCGAGUGAAUACGCGUCCACCGUAACCGAUAAUUUCUUUGGAAUGGAGAAAGAGAUCGAGAAUUUGAUUACAGAAAACAAUGAAUUAUUGGCGACAAAGAAUGCCUUAAAUAUAGUUAAAGACGAUUUGAUCGCAAAAGUGGAUGAAUUGCAGAGCGAACUGCAGAUGUGUAUGAAUGAAAUACAACAAAGAGAUGCCGUCAAAGAGAGACUCAAAGGUCGCAUCCAAGCCAUCGAAGAAGAGCUCAAGAAAUGCAAAGAAGACUUCGAGGAAGCGAAACAGAAACUGUUGGCUCCCAAAGAGGAUGAGGAGGAAAACGUUCCGAUGGCUCAGAGGAAACGGUUUACGAGAGUAGAAAUGGCCAGAGUUUUGAUGGAAAGGAAUCAAUACAAAGAAAGGUUAAUUGAAUUACAAGAAGCGGUUCGUUGGUCUGAAUUGAUUAAAGCGACCAAAUCUGAAGGCGCGGAGAAGAAGUCCGCCAUUUGGAAGUUUUUUAGUAAUCUCUUCAAUGCGGCGCCGACUCCGCCGACCAAAGAGACGGCCCGGAGUUCUGGGAGCGGCGGUUCGCCAGCCGUACGUUUCAGUUCAUCGAACCCGACAUCAGUCACACCGGCGUUGGACGCCAUGAGGAAGAGAGCGCGAGCCCACCAGACGGCCGGUGGCAGUGAUCUCCUGCUUCUCAUGGACUCAGACCUGAGUAGCGAAAGAUCCCGAGCGCUGAGGAGUGUUAGGGCGCACGUGAAUCGGACGGGUAAUGGAGAUCGGAUACAGGCCUACGGUUGGAGUAUUACAGGAAUCGGCGGUUCAGGCAAUCAGUCUGACGAACGGAUGGCGUCCAACGCAAUCAAAGGCACGUCAGUUCCCGUUCCCAUAUAUUGUCGGCCAUUGAGUGGAGAUGACGUGGGAAUGAAGAUA